UGCACAUUACCGGCUCGCAAGCUCCUGCUAGUUGGUCGCGCCCAGGGGCCGGUUCCUAGACGGCCAGAUAAGAGUUAUCUGUAGAUAAAUGCUUAUUCAACGGAUAAAUCCGGAACAAAUCCUAUACAACAGUUAACUUUAUCCAGCCUUUCAGGAACCGGCAUCAGGCAGCUACUCUACAUCCGUUCGCCGCUCGUUCGGGUUUUCGGUCGUGCGAGAACCUUUUAGUGACGCUGAUUUGGUCCAUGAUUAUGGGCUAAAUUACCUCACUGUAGACGUGAAAAUAUCCGCGCAUUUUUUGUUUGCCACCACAUUUUUAUUUGGUUUAUCGUUUUACAUUUUAUCGAUAUUUGUAUUUUUCCCUAAACCUUUACACCCGCCAAAACACAUUUGCUGUGUGACCCGGUUUCCACACACGUUUUUCUACCUUUGCACCUUUGUGAAAGAGAAUACAAUUUGUGACAGUGUGCAGGUAAAGAUUGUUUAUCUGGCGUUACUCGCAAAUCUUUUGUCCUUGAAUGGGAUGUCAAGGCUGAAUAGCUUAAUGUCACCAAAAGGUCACGUACAUAGCAUGCAAACAAGACGAAGUGGUGCUCUUUGUCACGUAUGAGUAUAGUGUCUCAAAGAUCUUACCCUGUAACAAGCUCCAAAUAUCCCUUUAGCUACACUACGCUACAACCAUGCUUCGAGCUAUCUGCACUUAUCGAUGCUCAGCACUUGCCCGGGUUCUAUCGCGCAAUUUGCACCCCCAUCUCAAAACCUCAACAAAGCCAUUCAACUGCUCGAAAGCCAGUUCACAGCUUCUGCACACGUCUGCAGCUAGUCGGAAAGUUGACAAGGCUUAUACAUACGAUGAGGCGUUUAAACAGUCUGUGGAAGAUCCGGAAGGUUUCUGGGAUGACGUGGCACAAGGCAUUGACUGGUACAAGCCGUACACCAAGGUUGUUGAUAACGCUACACCACCCUUCACAAAAUGGUUUCCCGGAGGAGAAUUGAACACUUGUUUCAAUUGCCUCGAUCGGCACAUAGAGAAUGGAAUCGGUGGCAGAAUAGCUUUGAUCUAUGACAGCCCUGUUUCGGGCAAGAUCGAGAUGUAUUCGUAUCAAAACUUGCAGCGACUGGUUGCUAAAUUUGCAGGUGCAUUGAAUAGCUUGAAUGUUGGCAAAGGUGACAGAGUAGUCAUUUACAUGCCAAUGGUGCCACAGGCUGUCAUUGCUAUGUUAGCCUGUGCUAGGAUUGGUGCCAUUCACUCUGUCGUCUUUGGAGGAUUUGCUGCAGCAGAGCUAGCAAGGAGAAUAGAACAUGCAGAGCCAAGAGUUAUUGUAACUGCUUCAUGUGGAAUUGAACCAAGCAGGAUAGUGACCUACAAACCCUUAGUUGAUGAAGCAAUCAAAAUAUCCUCAUUCAAGCCCUCCACAGUAGUGCUUUACCAAAGAGACCAGUGCACUGGUGACAUCAUUCCUGGGCGGGACAUCACGUGGGACCAGGUUAUGGAGAGGGCGGAGCCCCAUGACUGCGUACCUGUCCUGGCCACGGAUCCGCUUUAUAUACUCUACACUUCAGGGACGACUGGUGAUCCCAAGGGUAUCGUUCGUCGUAAUGGCGGUCAUGCAGUUGCUCUCAACUGGUCGAUGAAAAACAUUUAUGGGGUUAACCCAGGCGAGGUUUGGUGGGCAGCAUCUGAUCUCGGUUGGGUUGUCGGUCACUCGUACAUCGUGUACGCCCCUCUUUUUAACGGCUGCACCACGGUGCUCUUUGAGGGUAAACCUGUGGGGACUCCUGAUGCGGGCGCUUUUUUCCGUGUGAUCGAACAACACAAGGUUAUUAGCAUGUUCACCGCACCGACAGCCAUCAGAAUCAUCCGAACAGAGGACCCUAAGGCCGAGCUCAUCCGUCAAUACGACCUGUCUCAUUUCCGUGACAUGUUUCUGGCGGGUGAGCAUCUCGACAAGGACACAAUGCAGUGGGCUCGGCGCGCAAUCAGCGCCCCGGUAUACGAUAAUUGGUGGCAGACAGAAUCCGGCUGGGCCAUUACCGCGCACACCGUGGGCCUGGGCCGACCGAUGGACGAAAAACUUGAGACAACAGGCAAAGCGGUACCCGGAUAUAACGUGAAAAUCCUCCGAGAGGACAUGACUGAAGCUGACAGGGGAGAGCUGGGUCAGAUCUGCGUCAAGCUUCCAAUGCCGCCCGGUACCAUGGGAACCCUGUGGCGUGCUGACGAGAGGUUCAAGAAAACGUACUUCGAGAAAUACCCGGGUUAUUAUGACAGCAGCGAUGCCGGUGUCAUGGACGAGGAUGGAUAUGUGUCAAUCAUGGCGCGCACGGAUGACGUAAUCAACGUGGCCGGUCACCGAAUCUCCACCAAAUCGCUAGAGGAGGGUAUGAUGAAGCCAAGCUUUGUGGUAGACGCCGCAUGUAUCGGUCUCAAGGAUGGCAUCAAGGGACAUGUGCCGCUAGGAUUUGUCAUCGUCGAUAAAACUGUUUCGAUGAAAAAAGAAGACAUGAUUAAGGAGGUGAAGAAGAGCGUGCGAGAAUUCGUUGGCCCCGUGGCCGCCUUCAAAACGGCGGUCAUUGUCCCUGCAUUACCUAAGACGCGUUCAGGGAAGACCGUCCGUGGAAUCUUGGCGAAAAUAGUCCACGGAGAGCCGUACAAGGUGACUCCGACAAUGGACAACCCGCAAUGUUUGGAUCAGAUCAAGGAUGUGUUGAUCAGUGAAGGAUACCUCAAAGAGAAUGGCGAGCAGGGGGAGGCAAAGGCAGCGGCAUAACUAGACUCACGCAUGCGUGGCGAAGAUUUCAAGUGGUGACAUGAGGCAAGGGUUUGCUGCGUACAUCAAAAUACACUCAAACACACUGAUAGAAUCUGGUUUUUCAAUCCUACCUCAAGUUUAAGAUAAAAAAAAUGAAAAAGUAUGUUGAACGCCUAUGUAAAACAAAGUAUUUGCGCCGACAUUUCGAGGGUUAGCCCUUCGUCGGUGCAAAAAAAAAUAAGAGUGAAUAGGUUGUUUCCGUGUAAAUAAGUCUCUUAUGAUGCUCUAAGGUGUUGCUUUGAGUUUUGUUUUAGCGUUUCUGUAGGGUCUCAGCGGAAAUAGAUAGCGGAGCGAAGAGUAUGUCCACGCGGAGAACGGGUACGCUCUCUAUUUCCGUAGAAACAGAAUCGCUGGCUACGCAGGCUAAGUUUUGCCAAAAUCACAGAAAGGGUAGUCAUAACGACCUAUUCUGGUUCUCGUCUGACGUGAACUUGAUCGUGCCACAUGUUUCUCAGUUUGCUUACAGUGUGGGAGGGGGGUUGUUCUUGCCUGGCUAGCUGGCUCAUAUUUGGGCUAUUUCGAUUUACUUUUUAUAAUUCCAGAUAUUUCAAGUUCUGUGGUUGUGCAGGACCAGAAAAAUCUCAAAAAUAAGCGCCCAUUAGUGGCGAGUCCAGGGCAGCUUGAAAAUCUGAAUCAGCCCAAAUGUGACCCCGUUAGUAGUUUGAGAGGACCUUGUGCCAAGGCCAGUCUCAGGUGCAUUUAUAAGAUAGAAAAUGUAAGACGCCAAGCGUCGAUAUUCUUACAUAUAGCCAACAUUUUAUUACAAUUGCUGUACGCGAAUGUCAUAUUUUUCAUAUAUUGAAAUAAAUUUGAAACUCGCCCGUGAA